GAAUAAUUUUUCUUAAGCACUAUUUUGAACAGGGUUGCUAAUGUAACACAUUAUUGACGACCUUUAAAUGGUGUACAGAAAGAUUAAAUUACAAGAAAAGGGGUCAAAUAAGGAAAUUGGUAAGGGGAAUGAUUCUUUUGAAAUGGAAGACUUCGGGAAAUACAGUUUAAAAUUCUUGAUACAAAUGGAAAGGCGUAUGAAAGCAGUGAUUUUAAGAUGCAUACAGAGAAAAAUACCGGAUGUUCUAUGGUUGCAUGGGCUUUUCUUUUGUUGACAAAUUCCAAUGGUGGACUGAAUGUUGGUCAUAAAAAACAGCGUCUUCAGCUUUAUGAGCCUAUCAUUAAGAAGUCUUUUCACUCUAUCGAAAAGAAACUUGACAAUUUACCAAUUGGAAAAGUAUCAGGUUUAGGUGUUUUACAGAAAAAUCAACUCAUAAGGAACAACAGCCCCAAUUUUUCAGAAUAUAGCUCAAUGGAAUCAGGUUACCAUUUAUUGUCGUGUUGGAAAUCUGGAAGUCGCUACAGAGUACCCUAUCCAUCAUCAAUUUAUGUAACUGUUAAGGAAAUAAUUACAACUGAACUCUUAGAAAAUCAGUUACAAGAAAAAUUAAUCUGUAAAGUGCCCUCUGAACAACCUACUUUAAGUAUGAUCAAUUUGAGUGAACCAGGUCUUCCGGAGAAUAUCAACGUUGUGUCAGAUAAUGAAGAACAUAUCGUCAGUAAUGUAGACACAGAAAUAGAUGAAGUUACUGAAUUGCAAGACUUCUGGAUUCGAAAAUCAAAUCAACCGCGUCACAUUCCAAACAUGCUUGCUGGUUAUGGGAUAACGACAUCCAUGAAAUUAAAUGAUAGUAAUCUGUCGAAAGAUAUGAAGUCAAAUCAAAGUCACUACCCGUUAACGAAAUCUUACGGUGCUCAGUGUUUAACAUUUUCACCAGAUGGUAAAUGGUUAGCUGUUGGAGUUAUACGACACUUUAUAUUGAACAGUACAACUGGAAUUUGUGCAGUUCAUAGAACAAAUAAGAUGGACUGUUCUAUUUUAAUAUACAAGUACCCCUUGAACAACAAACGUAGUCAACCAAACCUAGAACUAGCCGGACAUUCUGAUAUCAUCUAUUCUCUAGACUGGGCUAAGACACCAAUACUUCAAACUUCGAAUAACAAAAGCGACCAGAAAUCACCCAGGAGAAGUUCUAUUGGUACAAAAGUAUUUUGGAUUCUAGCAUCCGGUUCAGCUGAUGGUACUGUACGGGUGUGGAGAUUGCAUCUUAACAGAAUAUACAAGAAAGCUAUCAAUGAUUACAAUCCCAUUUCAUUAUCGGAUGGUAAUGUAGUAGUCUCACGUAGCUCAACUUUAUCUCAGGUGAAAGUUGGUCAAAUUAUUAAUGGAUUGUCACACAAGAAAGGUGUUUUAUGUAAUGUGCUCGGUCAUCCAAAUUUUGUGUAUAGUGUUGUAUUCAAACCAGAACGUACAGAAUUUGAUAGACAAGAAUCUCAAAACAUUCAGAAUUUCUUCGUUCAAACUCAUUUGCUUGCUACAGGAUGCUAUGAUCGUACUAUUCGAUUGUGGAGUAUCAAGCACAGUCAAGCUCAGUUGUUACAAGAAUUGAAUGGAAUACAUCAGUCUCAUAUAAACAGCCUAACCUUCGAUAAAGAUGGGUCACAUAUAUACUCUGGUGAUGCUUCAGGUCUAGUUGCCGUCUGGCAGAAAUCCAAUCACCAAAGAAACCAAGUCAAGUCCCAGUCUAAAUGGAUGUUUGAGAAGAAGAUUGAAGUUCGGGAACUAGAGAUGUGCGUAAUCAACCAUUUGGAAAUCCACCCAACUUUGAAUUUGUUACUGGUACACCAACGGGAUAAUUGUCUUAAAAUGCUUGAUUUGCGAUCGGAUUUCAUCACAACUCGAUUUCAUGGAGCUCUGAACAAUACAGAACUGUUGCGCAGUUGUAUAUCACCUUGUGGUUCACUCCUUUUCUCUGGUUCUGAAGAUGGAAAUGUCUACGUGUGGAAUGUGAAUACUGGUGAUCAAGUGGAAAUUUAUCAGAAUUUACUGUUACCUGGCUCUGUGACGUCAAUAAGCUAUCAUCCAAUGGAUAAUGUUGUGGCUUUUUCUGCUGUUGGACCAGAAUCACCAGUUGCUAUAUAUAAAUAUGAUAUUAAAGCAGGUCAAUUAUCUGCUUCGCAUUUACAAUCUAAGCGUGAGAUAUCUCAUUCACAGGGAGGCGAAAUCAACUAUACCGAACAACCUCCUGAUAUUUUAACAUCUCAUGUCAAGUUUAAGAAAGGUAAUGCUGAACGAAUUUUGCUAGCAGUGUCCAAAUUAGAAAGUGUUCUGAAUGUUUCAAAACCACAAAUACAUAACCCUGGUUAUCAAAACGAUUUGCAUGAAUUGGAAUGGAGACCGACAUACACUGUGAUUGAUGAAACUUCUAAUCAAAGGGGUACGGUCAAUAAAUUGGAUUCGAGGACUUCUUCUACCUCACAAAUGCAAGCAAUAAAGGGAAAUGAAAAUAUGUUCAUAGCUUUAUACGAUUAUGAAGCUCAGCGGUCUGACGAACUACAUCUUAAACGUGGAGAUGUUGUAAAAGUUCUAUAUAAAGAUUCUCCUAAAUGGUGGAUGGCAAAGUCGAUUCGUACCGGUCAACAAGGAUUCAUACUAGCCAGUUACGUCUCAAGGAAUUAUCUCGGUGAAGAAAAUGAUAGAGGUCGUCAAACAAUUUCGGAAAACACUAGAAACUUAUCAAGUUCCCUCGAGACAAUUCAAACUCUCAGUCACAAACUCCCAGUGGAGCAAUACACCAAUCUGAUGCACUGAGAAACAGCCUUCAAGCAAGAUAUCCAAGAGUAAUAGGUAACAAUGAUAGUGAUUAUGACCCAGUAGACUCUCAAAUAAAUCGAUUAAGGACUACGAACUCCAAUAUUCAGUCAAAUAAACCGAAUCUAAGUUUAACGAAAAAGCGUAAAAGCUCUACAAGACCCCUGCCCACAUUGGAUUGAACACCGAAUACAUAUUCUCGUUGUUCAUUAUUCCAGCUACCUGAAGUAUUGAAAUUAUCCCUAACCAGUGCUUUUCAUAUUUUGACAAUGUGAUUUCUCCUAAAAAAUAAAGUUUUUUUUAAUUA